UGGACUUUCUUCACAAGGAGAUAAGGGGAAACGUGGCACUGACAGAACCCGCAUUGCAUCACGAACACCCGGUAGCCUACCCCGCUGCCGAUACAGCUCGAGCUUAUUUAUAUAAUACAUUAUUUAUAUAAUACAUAAUUUGGCAAAAAAUGACGUUCACAGUCACACACUCACAUUUGACGGGGUAGCUCUGCUGUCGCUCCGGGGCCAGCUGCUGUCUGAAUGCUUGCGCAUCGACGCGGAUGAACGCAGCAGUGUUCAGAAGUUUGAGGUGCUGUGUGCGCACAACCAAUCAAGGCACCAGCAACAGGCCACCAGUUUUCACGUUUACCCGAGGUGCAGAAGAGUGAAUGAGACAGGAGAUUGGAGUGGAGCGCCUCUGCUUGUGGAUGGACCACUGAUCAAGAGGGAAAGUAAGCUUGGAAGUUGGAGUUUAUGCACGAAACGCGCAGAGAUAUUCCUAAUUUUUAUUCACUCUGUUACACGAAGGAUGGAGGGGCGCAGCUGACGGUUAGGGAUCGUAGCCUCGAAGAGGAUAAACACACCGAAGGAACCGAACUGCCGGACGAGGGAAAUAUGUAUGGGCGUUACACACAGGAGCUCGGUGUGUACGCCAAGGAGGAGGCGGCCCGCCUGCGUGAUGGCGGGGGGCUGCGGAGGGUCACCAGUGUUCGCAGUCGGUCGGCAGAGCUGCUGGAGUAUGAGAAAGACCCUUGCGCUAAGUGUCAUGUGUGUACAUCUCGCUGUCAGAAGUUCCUGAUCUCGCGUGUGGGCGAGGACUGGAUCUUUCUCAUCCUACUGGGUCUGGUCAUGGCCCUGGUCAGCUGGGUGAUGGACUAUGCUAUCGCCUUUUGUCAGCAAGCUCAGAAGUGGAUGUACGGGGGACUGGACAGUAACAUGCUCCUGCAGUACCUGGCCUGGGUCACCUACCCUGUGGUGCUCAUCACUUUCUCAGCAGGGUUCACACAGAUACUGUCCCCGCAGGCCGUGGGUUCGGGUAUCCCAGAGAUGAAGACCAUUCUGAGAGGCGUAGUGCUGAAGGAAUAUCUCACCUUUAAAACCUUUGUGGCCAAAGUUAUUGGGCUGACCUGUGCUCUGGGCAGUGGCAUGCCCCUGGGAAAGGAGGGCCCGUUCGUUCAUGUGGCCAGUCUCUGUGCAGCCCUCCUGAGCAAGUUCUUGGCUGCCUUGUUUGGUGGACUCUACAAGGAAGAGCCCUUUGAGGGAAACAAGAAUGAGCUGAGGAACACUGAGAUGCUAUCAGCAGCGUGUGCAGUGGGGGUAGGCUGCUGCUUCGCUGCCCCCAUUGGAGGUGUGCUCUUCAGCAUUGAGGUAACGUCUACGUUCUUUGCGGUGAGGAACUACUGGAGGGGCUUCUUCGCUGCCACCUUCAGCGCCUUCAUCUUCAGAGUAUUGGCUGUGUGGAACCAGGACGAAGAGACCAUCACAGCCCUCUUUAAGACACGUUUCCGCCUGGACUUCCCCUUUGACCUCCAGGAGCUGCCAGCCUUCGCGAUCCUGGGGAUUGCGUGUGGUUUUGGUGGGGCUCUCUUUGUCUACCUGAACAGACUGAUAGUAGAGUGUAUGAGGAAACAGAAGACAAUCAAUAAGUUCCUGCUCAGGAACUCCUCUCUCCAUGUCAGACGUCUGGUGUAUCCUGCUAUGGUCACCUUGAUCAUCUCAACCCUCACCUUCCCCCCUGGGUUUGGACAGUUCAUGGCUGGACAGCUGACGCAGCAUGAGUCCCUGGUGGCGUUGUUGGACAACCGAACAUGGUGUCGGCAGGGCGUUGCCGAGGAGUUUGACUACAUCAGCCACUCCCACGCCUGGAAACACCCCCAGGUUAACGUCUUCAUCACUCUCAUCCUCUUCAUCGUCAUGAAGUUCUGGAUGUCUGCAGUAGCUACCACCAUGCCUGUGCCAUGUGGGGCCUUCAUGCCAGUUUUCCUCAUUGGUGCGGCAUUUGGACGUUUGGUAGGCGAGACCAUGGCUAUCAUGUUCCCUGAUGGCAUCCAUGCUGAUGGCAGUGUCUAUCCUAUAGUGCCUGGCGGCUAUGCUGUAGUGGGUGCAGCGGCGUUGUCGGGGGCAGUGACUCACACGGUGUCGACAGCAGUCAUCGUGUUUGAGCUGACGGGUCAGAUCAGCCACAUCCUGCCGGUGAUGAUAGCGGUGAUCCUGGCCAACGCCGUAGCCCAGUCCCUCCAGCCCUCGCUAUACGACUCUAUCAUCAGGAUCAAGAAACUACCCUAUCUCCCUGAACUGGGCAUGGGGCACCACGAGAAGUAUAACAUCCGUGUGGAGGACAUCAUGGUUAGAGACGUGCGUUACAUCACUCUCUCCUCCUCCUACCGAGAGGUACAGGAGGUCCUGAUGACUGGACAGCUGAAAACACUGGCCCUGGUUGAGUCCACAGACUCUAUGAUCCUGUUGGGUUCUAUAGAGCGCUCCCAGCUCCAGUCACUCCUGUCCCUCCAGCUGGGUCCAACGCGCAGGCUCGACCACCUCCGGAGGCACGCCCAGGACAACGGCACACACACACACACACUGGGUGCGCACACACACCUGACCAGCCUGGACACCAUGGACAGUACCCCCAGCCCACCCUGCACACACACACACUCCUACACCUCCAACUCCUCCAAUACCAGCGCACGCCAUGGGGUCCGCUUCCUGAUCUCAACAGAGGAGUCCUCCUUCAGUGCAGCUGUGUCCAACUCUCAGCUGCCACUCAAAUCUGCAAUGAAAACUGUCCCUACUAUUCACAACACAGAGACACCCAACAGCUCUCAGCAGACCCUUUCCUGUGGUGACCCUGAGAGAGAGCUACUCGAGAGCCCGGCAGAGCCAGAGGCUCCUGAGAGCAGGGGGUCCAAACGAGUCAGGAUCUCCAUGGCGGCGUCCCCUGAAGUAGAGGAUGACAUGACCACAAACGAAAUAGCAGAGUGGGAGGAGCAACAGCUGGACGAGCCAGUGGAUUUCAACAACUGCAAGAUAGACCCCGCCCCUUUUCAGCUUGUGGAGCGGACAUCUCUGCAUAAGACUCACACCAUCUUCUCCCUGCUGGGACUGGACCAUGCCUAUGUGACCAGUACAGGGCGGCUGGUGGGCGUGGUCUCCCUCAGGGAGCUGCGUAAGGCCAUAGAGGGUUCAGUGACGGUGACAGGGGUGAAAGUUCGCCCCCCUCUGGCCAGUUUCCGUGACAGCGGCAACACUACCAGCGUUUCCGAGGUGACAGAGCUGCACAAGCUUUGGAACCGCCACAGAGGCCUCUCGUUACCACGGGAACCCACCCCGCCCGACAUGGAGGACCAAUUGGACGUUAUGGAUGAGGAGACCCCUGUCCACUUCAUACAGGACCAAUCAGAUAUGGAGUUUGAAACCAUCCCCACUGACAAUAUGGACCCACCAUCGGAAUUGGUUCUUCAGGAAAGCCUCUCAAUAACAGAGGACCAAACAGAAGAGUUUAUCUUAGAGUGCAGCCCUUCCCACACUGACGAAUCAGAGCUGGCCUGUGAUUUUGACCCCUCCCACCUCCCUGAGACUGACCAAUUGGAGCCGGCGAAGGAACAUGGAACCCCACCACAUGGAACCACACCCCAGAACAUAGAGCAAAUGGACCAAUCAGAACUGCAGUGUAAGCGAAGUCCCAACCGCACUGAGGACCAAUCGGAAUGACAGAAGGGGCGAGGGACAGUUAGGAGUUGCUUCGUGGUUCGUUGAAAUUUCUACAACCUUAGAGGUCACGUUCACCUGAAUCUGUCUGUGUCCACAAUGUAUUGUGUGCGCGUGUGUUGGUGUAAAUGAGCUCGUAUUCCUGUGUGAGUGAUAGAGUAACUGAGUGAAUGUGACAACAUGGUUCUGUGUUUAACAAAGUGUUUUGGGUGUGUGUGUGUGUGUGUGUGUGUGUGUGUGUGUGUGUGUGUGUGUGUGUGUGUGUGUGUGUGUGUGUGUGUGUGUGUGUGUGUGUGUGUGUGUGUGUGUGUGUGUGUGUGUGUGUGUGUGUGUGUGUGUGUGUGUGUGUGUGAGACUUGGUGGAACCUUACCCAUGCACCCAUCUGGUGCUAACACUUCUAUUCUCAGUUUGAUUAUCAGAGCCAAACUACAUUUCCCCCCCUAAAUAUAGCUACAAAUAACACACAGAGAGAGAGAGAGCAGAUCAGAGGGAUAAAGGAAAGGAGAGAGAGGGAAGAGAAGGGAGGGUCUCACUUUAGAUUAAGUAGCCUAUAAAAUGUACGUAUUUACACAGCUACAUUCUAAAGGACAUUCUGUAAUUACAGUAUAAGUGCAUGUACAGUCAUAUCUGAAAUGGGAUAUUAAGAGAAAGACAAGAAGUUACUACCCAAAGGCAGCUGAGAAAAGGCCAACACGUUGACAUUGCUCAGUCAUAAAAUGGCAUCCCACAGGGUAAAGAGCAUUUGUGAAGCACAUUGUAAUUAACAUGCAUUUAACUCAAAGUACAUAUAGCCUUGUCUGGCAUUAAGGUAGGAGGGCGGACGGACGUUAGAGUUUCUUGUCUUGUAACAGGGUGUUUUGGUCACAGUGUCAUUUUGUAUCUUACAUUUCUUGAGAUAGGAUACGAUAUUCACAUAUCAUCCUAUCUACUGUACCGUGUUCCGCAUGUUUCCGGAAUGAUGUGAAUGUUUGCACAGGAAAAGUUGGUUAUGUGGAGAGAGAGACGACAUCAGUUGUUGUGAGCACACAUAUGCACAUGGGCCAAUAGUACACGCACAAGGGCUCGAUUCAAUCCGUGGCGCUGAAGAUCCGCGUUGCCGUGCGAUUGACAUUUUGAAGGCAAUGUUCCCGCACUAGCGGACACUACUACGUUCACGGUAAGUGCUGCACAUGUCGUCUCAAUCGGAAAUGACGAUUACAUUUCAAUUGUGCUGUGGAUCUUCUGUAACGCAGAUUGAAUCGAGCACGAAGUAAAUGAACACAUUCAUAAAUCUACACAUAGAAAAUAAUAUCCUAGAAAAUACACACCACACACACACACAUUGAAAAUGAUUAACACAACCUGCCUGGCCUUGGAAACCAGUUUAGAAAUACGUACUACCAGCUUAGAAGCACAGUUAUAAGUCUCCAAGUGUACUGGCGAGCAACAGAAGCCUCUAUAAAGGACUGAAACGACUGUUGUUGAGAGAGUGUGUGACUGUUCUCCACAGUCUCAUUAUAAAAGGAGUUCACCAAACAGAUGUUAUGUAAUUUGUCUCUUCAAUCAUUUCUCUUAGCUCCGUUGACAGAUUAGAGCCAUUAUAUGUGUAUAUAUAUAUAUAUUUCAAUUCUAUGUAAAAACCCUGCCAUAACAACCACAAUUUAACAGUUCAUUUUCUUCUGUAAAAAAAAGUCAGUUGCGCAAACCAUUUAUUGUCGUCUUACUUUUGUAUGCACAUAGAAUGUGAAGUAGUGCUCGCCAUACAAGAUAUAAUGUAAACUGAGUCUAAUGUAUAGAGUGUAUAAGGUCAUUAACAGCGCUAGUUAAGCAAUAAGUCUGUAGUUUCUCCCUUUAUAUAGCUCCGGCCUGUAUAUGGUUUGUACAUAUGAAAAUACAUUAUGACGGAAAUCUACGCAUUGUACAUAGGAGAAUAUGCAUUUGAGAUCAACAGCCAUUGUUAUUUUUCAGAAAACAUACUAAUUGUUUUUUGUACAUUAAAUUUCAACAAAACUU